AUAUAUUUGCGAACGACGCUUGACCGUUACAAUCUUUCGUUCCCGGUACGUGAAGCAGCGAGUGGGCCGAGAGUAGGUUGUGAAACUGACAAAAGCUCGGGCGCCAUAUUGCGAGCUUGUGUUUGGUUAGCGUUUCUGGCGCGUGGUGAAGACGUUUGUUGUAAUUUAAUUGAUAACGAUGUCCGACAAUCAGGAACAAAAGCCCGAAGCCGGUCCAGGCGAUGCGAAUUCAGAAUACAUCAAGCUCAAAGUCGUCGGCAAUGACAGCAACGAAAUUCACUUUAGGGUAAAGAUGACCACUCAAAUGGGAAAGCUAAAGAAAUCCUAUAGUGAUCGUGUGGGGGUACCUAUGACAUCGCUUAGGUUUCUUUUUGAUGGUAAAAGAAUCAAUGAUGAUGAAACACCAAAGCAGCUUGAAAUGGAGAAUGAUGAUGUCAUUGAAGUAUAUCAAGAACAAACAGGUGGCCAUUAAAAGAAUUAGUUGAGAAGAGGAGGCUUAUUAUUUUGUUCUAAUAUUUCUUAAAGUGAAAGUGACUCAUAACAAAAAAAAAAGAUGGACAAGUUUAUAAGUAUGCAUAUACAUAUUAUAUACACAAACACAAAUGAUUAAAUAAUAAGUAAUUUUCUUUUUUGAA